UACUGGUGGACGGGAAAUGCUUGAGGAGAAACGUGGAUUAUGUGUUUAGAAACCGAGGAAAAGUGGCGUUCAUUUUGGGCUGCAGACUGGAAUAUGUUGCCUUCGAAGUCCACUGGAGUUCACGUAAACCAGGAACGCUCAGUGUGUGAUCAUCAUCCUACAAGAAUGCGAGGAGUCUACACGUGGCUUUUCAGGGAUGUUGUGCUAUUUUUAUUCUGUUUGGAGGCUGUGAGGUGUCAGCACGUCGCAGACCACAGAAAGGUCCCUCAGAGGAGGCUGCCCGUGAUAGACUCUGAAGCAGACCAUGGAGGCAUCCAAGGAUCCUGGGCUCCCUGGGGACCCUGGUCGGCCUGCUCCCUGACAUGUGGAGGUGGCGUGCAGAAGCGGAGUAGAUCGUGUCUGAAGGUCUACCCUGUUUAUCCGGGUCAGGUCAUCUCAGGUUUGAGGCCUUCAGUUUCCAUCUAUCGGGAUGGCGGCCGUCAAGAGGGCAGGGGGAGCCCGUCUGCUGGACGCAGGAGGCUCAGCGCCAUCAUUCCGGGCCGGUACGGCUUUGGAAGAACUCGAUCUCGGGCUUCCGGAAGGGUCCCACAGUCUCAGCCUGACAGACAGAGACGUUCCGCCGUCUCCCACCACGGCGGACUCGGGUCGCACCACAGCGGACCUCACACGGAGACCCUCUGGGCGCCGUUGUACCAGCAGCAGGGGCAGACGGAGCUUCCUCCGAGCGGGCAGGAUUCUCGAGCUCAGCAGCCACAAGGACAACUGGAGCGACCCUAUCAAUCUCUCCCGGCUUCUUCUUGUGUGGGAGAGGGUGAUCGCCACAGAAUCUGCGACCAUAAGGCUUGUCCCACAUUCAGCAAACCCAUCAGAGCUUCUCAGUGUUCCACACACAACAAGAAGCCUUUCAUGGGCAAUCUGUACGAGUGGGAGCCUUUCAAUGAAGUUACGGGGGAUCAGCACUGCGAGCUCAACUGUCGAGCCGCCGGCUUUCGGUUCUACGUGCGACUCUCCGACAAGGUGAUCGAUGGCACGCCAUGCGGACCCAACAAUUCUUCGGUGUGUGUAUCGGGAAAGUGCAUGAUCCCAGGCUGCGAUGGCUUCCUGGGCUCCGGAAAAGUGAUGGACAAGUGCGGAGUGUGCGGCGGCGAUAACGGCACCUGCCGUCUCGUAUCGGGACUCUUCCGCCACUCUCUGACCAAAAUCGGCUACCAUAAGAUCGCCGAGAUCCCGCCAGGAGCUACCAAGAUCAACGUCACAGAGAUGACUAAAAGCCGCAACUACUUAGCACUGAGAAGCCGCUCGGGUCGGUCCAUCAUUAACGGGAAUUGGGCUAUUGAUCGGCCGGGCAUGUAUGAGGGCGGGGGCACGAUGUUCACGUACCGCCGACCCAAUGAAAUCAGCAGCACUGCUGGGGAGUCGCUUCUUGCCGAGGGGCCCACCAAUGAGAUCCUGGAAAUUUAUUUGAUCUUCCAGCAGCCCAACCCUGGGAUUCACUAUGAAUAUGUGGUCGCCUUGGAGACGCCACAAGGUAAACAAGACCCCCAGGAUCAAAGGUCACAUGACAUCCACCCCUACUCAAAUCAAUCAUGCCUCUCAGGGAACGCCGUGAACGAGCAGCAGCAAGUGGGGCACGACGAUUCCCAACGGGGAAAUUAUGACCCAGCCGGUGGGGGGAGUUACCCGCCUCAUCGUCAUGACAACCAGGCGCCACCGCGCCAACGGGAAUACAGCUGGAAGAUGGCCGGCACCAGCGAGUGCAGCGCCUCCUGCGGUAAAGGUUUCAGGCAUCCCAUCUUUCACUGCGUCCAGCGUCUGAACCAGGCCCAGGUCCAGGACGUUUUGUGUGAGGGCAGCAGUAAACCAGUGGAGCAGGAGGAAAUGUGCAACCUGCAGCCCUGCCCUGCAUUUUGGGACAUCGGCGAGUGGUCCGAAUGCAGCAGGACGUGCGGUCUGGGCACGCAGCAGCGUCAGGUCCUGUGUCGCCAGACCUACGCCGACCGCACCCACAACGUGCACGUCAGCCGCUGCGACCACCUGCGGCGGCCCGAGACCUCCGGCACCUGCCAGACGAAAAUCUGCAGCGAGUGGCGCGUCCUCUCCGAGUGGAGCGCCUGCUCUGUGCCGUGCGGGCUGGGUCAGAGGCGGCGGGACGUGCGCUGCGUCAGCAACGUGGGCGACUUUGUGCCCCACGACGAGUGUAACCCGAACCUGAGGCCAGGCCACGUGGAGAAUUGCGACAUGGGCGCCUGUGCCAAAAGUUGGUUCUACACAGACUGGGGCGCCAAGUGUUCCGCUGAGUGCGGGAUGGGUGUUCGUACGCGAGGUGUCUUGUGCUUGAGCAAUCACAUCAGCAGCCUCCCACUGGAGGGUUGCGGCAGCGAACGACCUCCAGACUCGCAAGUGUGCAACACGGGGCCUUGCGAAAACGCCAUGGAGUGGUUCACCGGCCCGUGGACUCAGUGUUCUGCAGAGUGCGGCGUGGGCAAGCAGCAGCGAGCUGUGGUGUGUCUGACGAGGUCAUCGGACGCGAUUGCCGUGGCACCCCAGUACGAGUGCUCGUCGCUGGAGAGGCCGCUCAGCCAACAGAGCUGCAACGUGAAAGCUUGUGGAGUAAAGUGGUACUACACCGACUGGAGCGCUUGCUCCAAAACAUGUGAGGGAGGAUUCCGUGUGCGUGAGGUUCGUUGUCUCUCUGAAGACAUGCAGUCCAGUACCAGUUGCGAGAACCGUCUCAAACCGGCCGAACGGGAAGACUGCAACUCUGAACCUUGCGUACCUCAAAUAGAUGAGCACUGCAAAGACGAGUACUUCAACUGCAACGUUGUGGUCCAGGCUCGCUUGUGCGUGUAUGACUACUAUAAGAGGAGCUGUUGCGCAUCCUGCUCUCGCCACCCCCACAGACACUACGUGGCCCACAGGGGGCGCAGCUGACCCUCAUUGGAACAGGAAGUAAAAACAUUUGCACGCGGGAAAGGAUGGAAAUUUAGGCUCUGUUUCCAUGGAAACAAUUCGGACACUUGCUUGUAGUUGGGGCAACCCAGAAGUAGCCAUUAAAGUUUGUCUUUGGAGGACACCACCAAUAAUUGGCUGGAGCUAUAAUGAAGACUCAUUCAAGAACACUGGGAAUUUGGAUGCAUGCUAUGUUAAACUUUUCCGUCUACCAAGCACACGCAUACAAUUUGUGAUACAUUCAAGGACCUACAGACUCUAAGAAACUUUGGCUCUUCAAAAAUGUCAUUGACAGACUAGCUAGCAAGCACAUUAACUAUUUCCCUUUUUUAUCAUUAAAAAAUAUUUAUUCAGUAUUUGACUAUAUCUGUAUUGACAUUGCUUUCUUCUUAAAAUAAACAGUUUUGUACCAUU